AUGGGGAAGGUAUUCACUGCCACCGAAGUGGCGGAGCACAACACUCGCAAAAGCUGUUGGGUCAUUCUAUAUGGCAAGGUGUACGAUGUAAGACCACCCGGGGGUGCCAAUGUCAUCCUCAAGCUCGCAGGCAAAGAUGCAACCGAGGAAUUUGACCCGGUUCACCCUGCCGGCACGCUCGAGGAGAAUCUCCGUCCCGAGGCGCUGCUGGGCAAUGUUGACCCCUCGACGAUAAGCGCGGUAGAGCCGCAGCUUGGCGGCAUAGAGAAGCCCGAAAAUCAUCCUCCAGUUCAAAGUCUCCUCAACAUGGACGAGAUCGAAGAACUGGCUACGAAGAAGGCGAGCAAGAAAGCAUGGGCAUACUAUUACUCGGCUGCCGACGACAAAAUCACCAAGCGCUUCAACACCGAGGCAUUUCGUUCGAUCCUCUUACGGCCCAGGGUCUUCAUUGACUGCACCGAAUGUAGUUUAGAAACGACGUUACUAGGAAACCAGGUCUCCAUGCCUAUCUACGUUGCGCCGGCCGCCCAAGCGCGGCUCGGACAUCCAUCUGGCGAAGCAGGAAUCGCCGAAGCGUGCGGCGGCUUUGGAGCCCUGCAGAUCAUAUCGAACAGCGCCUCCAUGACGCCGGAGCAGAUCGUUGCCAACGCCGUACCCGGACAAACGUUUGGCUGGCAACUAUAUGUGCAAGACGAUCGAACCAAAAGCGAGAAAAUGAUCGCUCGCGUCAACAAGCUGAGCGCCAUCAAGUUCUUGGUUCUGACGCUUGAUACUCCGGUGAUGGGGAAACGAGAAGACGACCAGCGCGGUGGCAAUGUCAUCAACGAGCUCACAGCGAUGGAGUCUCCCGAAGGUUCAGAGCCAGUGCCUGAGAAGCAGGUUUUUGCGGGGUUUGAUCCGUCGCUAACAUGGACGGAGACACUUGCCUGGCUGGCCAAACACACCAGCCUGCCGGUCGUUCUCAAAGGGAUCCAGACUCACGAAGAUGCCUAUAUUGCCGCCUUGCAUAACUCCCAGGUGAAAGGAAUUGUACUGUCUAAUCACGGCGGGCGAUCUCUUGAUACAGCUCCGCCAGCUGUACACACCCUGCUUGAAAUGCGGAAAUAUUGCCCGGAGGUCUUUGACAAAGUGGAAGUCUGGAUUGAUGGCGGGGUCAGGAGAGGAACAGACGUAGUCAAGGCGCUUUGCUUGGGGGCGCGAGGUGUUGGUCUUGGCCGGCCUCCGCUGUGGGGGCUGGCCGCGGGAGGAGUGGAUGGAGUGAAGAGGACAUUGCAGAUCUUGGCCGAUGAGACCAAAACCUGCAUGCGCCUUCUGGGGGUGCAACGACUGGAUCAACUUGGAAUGCAACAUAUCAAUACCCGUUUAUUAGAGCAGCAGAUCUACGAUGGCCCUUCUGGUCUGGGAGCUUAUCGGGGACGGUUCCCCGCAAAAAUCUAA